GGACUGGCCCGCCCGGCCCGCCCGCGGCUUCGGGCCUGCGGAGCGCUGUGGAGCGUGGGGCUGAGCGCUCGGCGCGUGUCUGCUUCGUCCUCGUCGCCUUCGUCCUGUCGGCGAUAAAAGGCGGCGGUUCCCCGCGGCUCCUCCGCUCUCCGUUGCCGUUACUUUGUUACGUCCCCUCAGUAGUACCUCAAGGAGCCCUCCUGCCCUUCAGCUCGCUCAAAAUAGAGAAACUGCGGCGUGUGACUGAGCCCCGCUGUUCCCCGUGUUAAUUUAAUCUUUUCAUUCUUCCUGCUUGCGGUGAGGACACGUUCCCUCAGCAGGCGCGGGCUGCGUCUGAUGGCAAGGGCUGCCCAGAUUGCUGAGGUGUGCUGAGCUGCCCCGUGCUCAAGGACUGAGUGGAAGCAGUGAGGAGGUAUGGAGAACUUGGUGGCCAGCUCCACCCUCCCUCCGCUUUUUGCAGAUGAAGAUGGAUCUAAGGAAGGUAGUGAUGUUGCUGCAACUGGAUUAGCUCAUUCUGAGACUUCGUUCACUGGUGGAACUUCGCAGCCUGUGAAUAACCCGGAUUUGGUGGAGGAUUUGUCACAGGUUCAGCAGCUGCAAAAUGAGUCUACUAACACUGCUGAAAACACUGAGCAGAAGCCUGAGGAGGAGCAGCAAAGAACUAAAAGAGGAGGCUGGGCCAAAGGGAGAAAGAGGAAGAAACCUCUUAGGGACAGCAAUGCCCCCAAGUCCCCCCUCACAGGGUACGUGCGAUUCAUGAAUGAGCGCAGGGAGCAGCUCCGAGCGAAGAGGCCCGAAGUCCCUUUCCCAGAGAUCACCAGGAUGCUGGGCAACGAGUGGAGCAAACUUCCUCCUGAGGAGAAACGGCGAUACCUUGAUGAAGCAGAUAGAGAUAAGGAGCGUUACAUGCGAGAACUGGAGCAGUAUCAGAAGACUGAAGCCUACAAAGUCUUUAGCAGGAAAGCACAGGACAGACAAAAAGGCAAAUCACACCGACAAGAUGGAGCAAGGCAACCAGUCCAUGAUCAUGAGAAAGAAGCAGACACAAAAGAAAGAUCUGUUUUUGAUAUCCCAAUAUUCACAGAAGAAUUUCUGAAUCAUAGUAAAGCACGUGAAGCCGAGCUGCGACAGCUGCGUAAAUCCAACAUGGAGUUCGAGGAGAGGAAUGCUGCUCUGCAGAAACACGUUGAGAGCAUGCGUACAGCAGUGGAGAAACUGGAGGUGGAUGUAAUACAAGAGCGUAGCCGCAACACGGUGCUGCAGCAGCAUUUGGAGACCUUACGGCAAGCGCUCACAACCAGCUUUGCUGGAGUCCCACUACCAGGUAGUGGGGAAACACCCACGAUGGAAACUAUUGACUCCUACAUGAAUAGACUGCACGGCAUUAUUAUGGCUAACCCACAGGAGAACGAGAACCUCAUAGCCACAGUCCGGGAUGUGGUAAACAGACUUGAACGCUAGUGACCAGGUCUCGUGAUCCGGGGAUACUUGACAAAAUUUCUUUGGCCAGUGUGGAAUAUGAAGCCAUGAGGGAAAGACUAGGGGUGGGAGGCAGAACUGCAGGUUUGUCCUGGUCCCUGCCUUUGUGGUUUGUCAGUGGGACAAACAGAUGCAUUAAAAGGUCUUAAGAAGCCACGGAUAUCACCCACUAAACAUUUUGGAACUGUCCUCUAUGUAAACCCUUAAAUGCAUGCAACUUCUGUGCAAUCUUCAGUUUCGUAUUAAUUCUGCUAGAUGUGAGGGUGCAUAUGUUCUGUGGAAUUGCUGACUAUGGAGAUGAAACCUCUGUGAAAUGAAGUCAGCUUGUGUGUUGUAGUAAUAACUUGUGUUAUACUGCUUCAUGUCUUCUAGUGUCUUUCAGUUUGUUUUCAUGUUUAUCUUGCGAAAUUACCUUCCUCCAUUUUAGUUUUCUUUUCAUCUUUUUAUCUGAUCCUUUCAGUACUGGAUAGCAGCGCUUGUGUUCUUCACUACAGUGGGCAGUCUUCCUUGGUGCACUGGCUUGUCUUCUCCUGCCUGUCAUGUUUGCAUAAGCUAAUCUUCAGCAGAACUCUGUUUUCUGUGUUAGCCUGCAACUUCAACAGUAUGAGUUUGCUUGAGACUGGCUGCGAUUGGUAUUUUGUGACUUGAUUCUACCAGGAGAGGGACUUCUUCCUUUCCCUGCAGCACCUGCCUUGCACACAGCAACCUGCCCUUCUGCGCAGACCUGCUGUAAUCUCUUGAAAACAUUUGGGAGGAAUGCUUUACUGCAACACAGAUCAGAGAUAGUCAAGGUAGAAAGUGAAAUGUUAGCUUUUCACAAUUGGCUGGGAAAAUAGAAAUCUCCAUUUUAGGCUGCCAUAAAACACAGUUUGCCUUUCCUCUGCUACGUUGCUCGCUCUAAUUUAGUUGUCUGCUUACUUUCGAAGAGAAUGAUCCCACAGUGAGGGUAGUAUUCUAUAUAAAGAUAAAUGGGCAGGGGAAUUGUGUUUUCUUCUGCCCUUCUGAAAUUGGUGCUGGAAAGCAGUGUGCCUGGAAGCAGCACAUGUAUUUUUGCAUGAAUUAUUAUUGCAGAGAAGGUUAUUGGCAGCUGGUAUUCUACGUUACAGCACAUAAGUGCUUUUUGACUUUUGUAAAGUAAGUCUGUGCAGUCUGUGAAGCCUAUAUCAUUCAGCAUAUAUUAUGUUCCUGUGUGACCUAAGCGACCUUUUAUUUGCAUAAGGUAGAACUUGGCACACUAGAGACUAAUUUUUCUGAGCUACAGCUGCACCUCUUGUCCAAGAUGGCACCUACUGUCUGCACUAACUUAUGCAAUUCGUUUGCUGUCCUUUGAUUCCUGUCAUAUUUUGAAUUCAGACUGUGGUUAAGCACCUGUUGGACAUAUGUGAACUUAAUGGUAAUGAUGGAAAUGUGCUUUCUUCCACGUGACAAUCUUGCUCCUCCUUCAGAAAUCUUUCAGGUUUUCUGUGUUAUGAAUUAGAGAUUGCUUUUGUUACUUGAGUGCAUUGCAGUUGGGAUUGCUUUCGUGUAUGUAUAAGGCAAGUAUUUGAAGAUUAAACAGCAGUUUCUUUUUUCCCACGUGACGUACACAGACUUCAUGCUUGCCUGAAGCCAUCUCCAGGUCAUCAUCUUGUAUGUCAGGUCUCCGCUUUCUCAUGGACUUCCUGCUGUAGCCAAGCAGCAAGGAUUCUCGUAUGUAUUUCAAGUCUUCCCUUAUGGAGGAAACUCCUUUCUCUUGUCUUCAAGCUCACUAUCAAGACUUCAUGAAAAAGAACCUUGAUUUGCUGAAUUGACCUCCAUUAUUUUCUGUAAUGGAUGAGACCAACUGAUAUUGACAUGAAAUUUUUAGUGGACUCUAUGACAAAUGUUGCAUGGGGAAGAAAUCCUAUGGAUUGAUGUCUUCAGAAGACACUCAUACCUUCCUCUCCUUUGCAUGUCCGGAUUUGUAGCAUUAGUGAUGUUCUGCUUGGAUUUAAUUGUGGCCAAAAUGGACUGCAUAGCAAAAAGUCGAUUCAUGAAAUUCUAAAGUUGUCUGUGGCAUCUGACCUGAUAUAUCCCAUAAAGAUUCCUGAAAUUGUUCUGUAGUGUGAUAGAAGGAUGCACUUCCAGCCUAUGAAUGUCACAUUCCAUAAAUAAGGUAUGGGUGGCUGCAGGCUGCCCUGCUUACAUAAGUUCAAUACAACCAUCAGUUUGUGGCAUACUGCUAAUACAUCAUUCUGUUGAGUAGCAUGUAAGCAAUCCAGGAUAGGAGAUUAAAAAUUAGAUUUUUUUACUGGAAGUUGACAAACUGAUUUUCCCACAAGGAAGGAGGGGCAGUGUUAUACCCAUCUGUGGAAAAAGUAAUUUCUUGCUUACCACUGAUACACCAAUUAAUGUUUUGUCUCAUUAAGAUGCUUCUUAUUUACCCCGAUCAACCUUGUAAAAAUGGAUUUUGUCUUUCCAGUGUUUCUGAAUGUCACUUCAGUUUACAUUUUUCAGUGUUUGCUGAUGUGGAAAACAAAUGAAAGUGUUGGUGUCAAGGACAGGAGCAGGAUAAAAUGUUUUCAUCACUUGAAGAAAUAUUAAGAGAAAUAUGUGAAAACAAUUAAAUUACUUGGAUUAACGUGUUUGGAAUUGUUGAGAUGCCAAUUUUUUCUGUAAAAUGCUUUUGUAAUUAAACUUUUGGAGUCCUGUUAUUUUUAAGAAGUUGAUGUGCUUGUUUGACAGUUGCCUCAUUAAAAUCCAUUCUGAUUCAAUUUUAACUGCUUUUCUGUGAAAGAACUAUUAGGAUUGCUUUUUUUUGUAUGCAAAACUGUCAACUCUGUGUUAAUCUUUGAGAGGAAGUAAUGUUAGGGAUGUUCCUUCCCUCUUUUCUUCCCAAAUGUAUCCCCCUCUGAAACAAGGACAGGAGCUGGUUGUUUGUAGUGAUGGGAACUUUGGUGAUUGUGUACAAAUAAACAUCAGGGUACUUCCUGUCAGCUUUCGCCCCCAACUUGAGCAACUUAAAAACUGUCAUCCCUUUUUUGACAUCCUUGUCCUCCUUUGACCUCCCUAAUUUUUCACCACUGGAUUUGUUUUCUCUUCCUUUAAGAACCUUCUGCACCAUACAAGUCACCUCCCAGCUGAUUUUCUUUUCCCCUGCUAGAUUUUGUCACAGAGCCAAACUGUAGCCUUGUGCAGACAAUUGUGAGAACAGCCCUGAGCACACAUCCUUGUGGGAGGAGUUCAGAUGAUUUCUGCCUGCACUGCUGCACCUUCUGAGGUUGCAGUAGUGUAAGCAACCGUGUCUUUGUGCUGCUUCUGUGGUCACAUCAUGUUAUUUCUACUGACCAAUGAAUGCCUGGUAUGUCUGCAUGCCAGCAUGCUUGAUUUGAGUGAAACUUCUGCUUUGUUAGAACUGACAAACAGCAUAUUUAGGUUUACCUUUUUUGGAGACAUUGUAAAACACAAAUUCUGAAAUUAUAAACAUAGCAAAACUUGAAAAAAGAUCUAGUUCCUUUCUAAGCUUUGCUGCUGUAUGUGGCAUUGGGAGCAGAUGGUAGCCAAUCAUGUUCAAUUUAUGACAAGAUGGUCCUCAUAUAGUCUUAAUUUAAGACAAGACAACAUUCCUACUGUUUUUCUUCUGUUUGUAAUUCCUCUUUACUCUGUUGUCUUUCAAGUGACUCGUAGCUAAUAAUCAUGUAAGGGAAGUGAUGUGGAUUUGAGAGCUUUGAGUUCUUUUAAGAGGAAAAAAUAACUCCCUUUUCCUCAGGCAUAUUCCAGCUAAUGAUGGAUUUUGAGGUUGAAAUGAGUUGGUUGCUUGUUUUGGUUGGUUGGGUGUUUUGGGAUGGGUUUUUUGUUUGUUUUUGUUUUUCAGUUGCUCCAGUUUAGUUGCAUCCUUCAGACCCAUCCUUCACUUCUCCCAUAGGGAAUUCUGCUCAUUAACAAGAAAUAGUUUUUGCUUGUUCUUACUCACUGCUUCUAUGAUUGACGUUUUUCUAGUGUUUAGAAUGUCUUGGUUAUAUGCAAGAUCUGUCAUCCUAAUUGCAAAAUCAGUGGACUCUGUAUUGUACCACACAUACCAUUGUAUGUGAAAAUCUAUCCACAUCCAUUGUGCAAUGCAAGGACCAAUGUUUCUAAAUCCGACGUAUGGGUUAUAAUAAUAAACCUACCAUUCUUAGGCUGUGGGCUUUUGAUUCUUAUCAUUUGAUGGGUAGGUGCUGAUGGUUCGUGUGUCUGAAGAUAAGAAACUGGCGUUUGGGAGAUUUAGACAAGUGAAGGCUUGAAGCUUAUGGCUAGCUGAGCAGCUGGGCUCUUACUGCUGUGAACUGAUAUAUGGAGACCAGUACAGUGCAAGUUUUUGAAUGUAUGCCAGGUUUUUGAACAACUGCACCAAAGUAAUGACAAGCUAAUGCAGCUAGUAUGUUUUCAAACACAUUUUUGGAUGGAAGCAGGAAGGAAAGGUGACUGUACAAAUCAGACUAGAUAUAUAAAACCAUGUAGCUUCAAACUCUAACCUGCAACUGAGUGAAAAAAAGUGUGAUUCUGAUGGCUUCUGUCACUGAACUAUGGCUAGUUUGCAGUCUUUGUUUCAAACUGUGCUGGGAGGGAUAUGGGCUGAAUAGUCUAUUCUGUCAUUUUUCAGCUUGGACUUAUGUUUUGCCCCGGUAUAAAGACAAAUGCAAUAUGGGUUUAUCAUGUUUGAGUCUAUUUGUAGCUACAGGACAGCAUCAGGCAACUCUAGUUGUAAAAAUCAGUGUUCAGUUUAGGCUAUGUAAACUUCAUUUGCAUAUGUAUCAUACAGAGUUAAACUUAAUGCUGAAAUGUAGUAAUUUCUGUUAAUUACUUAAUGAAGUGGUGAAAUAAUAUUUGAAAAUAUUUGAAGUAAUAUUCAUGGGGAAGUAGAGGAACACUGUAGAAGGGACUGUUUUUUCUAGUUGAGUAUGGCUUUAGGUCCUGAUCCUGAAGUGCUUAGGCAUGAGGUCAACUUUCUUCUUGUGCAUGGUUCCACUGAGUUGGCUGGGCUUACCCUCCUGAAAACAAUGACUCUCCAAAUUGCUUGGUAUGUCAUAGUUAUAGACUGGAACAGAAAGAAAAUUGAAAGCCUCUCAAAAUUUCUGUAAAGACUUAUUCAAUGAGAAAAAGUCUAAAAAAAUACUGAAAAUAGUGUUAAUUCAGUAAUAGAAUUUGAAGUUGUUGUACAUUGCUAACCAGGUGCGUUGUUGUAUUUAGAAUCUUCCUUCAUAGAAUCCUAGAAUGGCCUGGGUUGAAAAAGACCAUGAUGAUCAUCUGGU